AUGAUUUCUUCUGUACCUUUGAAUAAAGUAAUUCCGAUGAGAAGGAGAAAAGCGAUUUCUCAGUGUUUAAAAGAAAAAAUAAAAAUCUAUUGCAAGAACACAACACUGCAUGGAUUCCGGUACUUGACUGUUCAUCAAUCAACAAUAAUUGAGAGGAUGCUUUGGUUCUUAGUUUGUAUAAUGAGCGUCAUUUUUUGCAUUAUCCUGAUGAUGAGACUUUGGCAUAAUUUUGAUGAGAAUCCAACAGCUACUGCCAUAAGUACAGCCAAUCCUAUAUGGAGCAUAUAUUUUCCCGGCGUUACGAUUUGUAACAACAAUAAAGUUUAUAAUCCUCACGCAAAAAUCUUUGGAAAUAUUUUAUCUAAAAAUGGUAUAAACCACAGUCAAAGAGAGAAAUUUUUCGUUUCAUUGAUGAAACUAACACGUCCUGAUAAAAUUGAUGUCGACAAUUUAACAGCAACACGAGCACUUGAAGUUCUCGGAUUUACAGUUGACAGGCUCAUGUACGAGUUGAUGCAACCCUGCAAAACGAUGUUAUUGAGGUGCGCUUGGCUUGGACAAAAAUUUAAUUGUAGUGAUAUUUUCAAAGCUGUUAAAUCCAGAGAAGGCUAUUGUUGUGCCUUCAAUUAUCAUUUUAAUUUGGACCGAUCAUAUGGAUACGAUAAUUACGACUUAAAAAAUUCAUCGGAGGAUAGCGAUCGCUCGGACAUACCAUCAGAGGAAUUACCAGGAAUUGGACAAAUUCAGAAAGCUCCUGGAUCAGGACGUGAUGUAGGUCUAACAGUUGCAUUGGACGUCGAAGGUGAACAUUAUAAGAGUUCUAAUAGACCUUUCGCGGGUGCUACCGUAUUAAUUCAUGAUCCAAAGGAUUAUCCCGACAUUGACAUUCAUUCGAUCAGCGUAUUGCCAGGACACGUCAUAGGGAUCGGUAUUUCCGGUACGACAACCAAAAGCUCACAAGAUUUACGACAGCUUCCUUUAAGAAAACGCAUGUGUCUCUUCGAAGACGAGGUGAGGGGUAACAGUAAUUACAGCUUUCAAUCUUGCGUCUCAAACUGCAUCUAUAUGCGCAUACACAAAUAUUGCGGUUGUCUACCAUUUUAUUAUCCGAAUGAAAACAGUAGGACUUGCUUUCUGACGGACAUAGACUGCAUUUUGAAUCAUCGAAGAAUUGUCUCAACAUAUGAAACGUUGUUCGAAAACGAAUGCAAUUGCCUGCCACAAUGCUCGGAUACGUUUUACGAUGCCGUAUCGGAGAGUAUACCCAUUCAAGAUGUUGGAUACAAUUCUGAAAUAACUCGUGAUUUGGAUAACAAAAACGCUUCCUUCCUUUACGUUUACUUUCGCGACAUCUCUUACAUGGAAUAUCGAAAACAGAAUAUUAUGAGCUGGGAUAGCCUUCUCGCAUCCUUCGGCGGUAUUUUCGGACUUUGCCUCGGCGGUUCGGUUAUAAGUUUGGUCGAAUUAUUUUAUUACAUUGCACGCGAGUUUUUCUAUCUUCGUAAAGGAUCAACAUCAGCGAAGAGAAACUUUCCGGCUGCUUCGGAACUCUUCUUGUCGAGUCCAUUGAAGGGUUCCAAGUGGAAGAAAUUUAAUAGUCAACGUGGAAUGAAUUACAAUGAGAGACCGAUUUACGUCGUUGCAAACCGAAUGCUUCUUCGUCAACAAGAGGAAAAUUAUAAUGACAAUAAACCGAGUUUCGAAUUGUAA